UUUGGUGCUGAUGCAGAUGAUGUGAAGACAGUGAUGGAGGGAGAAUCUGUCACUCUAAACCCUGAUCUCACUCAAAUACAGAAAUGUUAUCUGAUAGAGUGGAGGUUUGGAGAUUCAGUCAUUGCUCAAACUGAUGGAAAUGACAUCUCCUAUCCCAGUCACACUGAGAUUUUCAGAGGCAGACUGCAGCUGGAUCAGUCUGGAUCUCUCACCAUCAAGAACAUUAGAACCAAACACUCUGGACUUUAUAAACUACAUAUCCACCACAGCACUGGGACCUUAAAUCAGAAAUUCACUGUCUAUGAGUCUCCAUAUGUCUGUGAUGCUUAUAAAGCUGAAAUUAUCGUAUCAGUGAUGGAGGGAGAUUCUGUCACUCUUCAGACUAAUGUUACUGAAAUACAAGGAAAUGAGCUGAUAGUGUGGAGGUUUGGAGAUGAAGGAAAACUCAUAGCUAAAGCUGAUAUAGAAUCCAUGAGCUUACCAAUUUAUUAUGACGAGAGAUUCAGAGACAGAUUGAAACUGGAUCAUCAGACUGGAUCUCUGAUCAUCACAAACACAAGAACCACAGAUGCUGGACUUUAUACAGUGAAGAUCAGCAGCAACAAACAGACUUUAUACAAGAGAUUCACUGUUACCGUCAGUGGUGAGUAA